AAACAGUGACUGAAAGAUUUGCGAUCUUUUCGUCUUUCGGCUUGUUGUUGCAGACCUCGCCUUCGAUAAAGCACUUUAGAGCCUCUGACAUUAUCACCAUCACCAUCCUAUUACCAUACCCGAUGAAGACCCCUGCCGAAGUCGAAGCACAUUUCAAGGAGCACGGACAAGAGCAUGUGUUGCAGUUUGUUCCAGAUCUGAGUGACGCGGACAAGAAGGCGCUCUUUGACCAGCUCGCUUCAGUGGAGCUGGAGAAAAUCCCUCCCAUUGCUGAAUUGGAAGCCACUUUGAAAAAGCAAGAAGAGGAGAGUGCCAGUCAAACAAUCGCACCCUUGACCGAGCGAGUUGCCUAUUCCAGCGAUGCUGCGAUGGUCCAAAAGGUAGAACCUCUGGGUCUGGAAGCCAUAGCCCAAGGCCAAGUGGCAGCAUUGGUUCUAGCCGGUGGACAAGGCACUCGAUUAGGGUUCGAUCAUCCGAAAGGAAUGUACAACAUUGGUCUGCCCAGUGGAAGGACACUCUUUCAAAUGAUUGUGGAACGUCUCUUGCGUCUCAAGCAUUUGACCAAGGCGGAUAAGAAUGUGCCACUCUACGUCAUGACUUCUCCAAUCAACCAUGAAGAGACGGUGACCUUUUUUGAAAGCAACAAUUGUUUUGGAAUGGAGAGAGCCGACAUUUUCUUUUUCCAACAAGGUGUAUUGCCGUGCUUUGGUAAAGACAACAAAAUCAUCAUGGAGACGACCAGCAAAAUUGCUGUGGCACCCGAUGGAAAUGGGGGCAUCUAUCCUUCGCUGAGCAAGUCAGGAGCAUUGGCAGAUAUGGACAAGCGAGGCUUGAAGUAUUUACAUGUCUUUGCCAUUGACAACUCCCUCGUCAAACCAGCCGAUCCUCGCUUUCUAGGAUACUGCAUUUCCGAACAGGCUGAUUGUGGAAACAAGGUCUGUUGGAAGACCAAUGCUCAUGAAAAAGUGGGUGUUGUGGCAGCCAGGGAUGGAAGACCCUGCGUCAUUGAAUACUCGGAAAUCACCAAAGAAAUGGCGGAACAAGAAGAUGGCAAUGGGAGACUCGUCUUUGGGGCGGGAAACAUCUGUAACCAUUACUACACAUUGGACUUUAUAAAAGAGAAGAUCCUGCCCAAUUUCGGUAAUCUGUACCAUUUGGCACACAAAAAGAUCCCCUAUUACGACCACGAAAAGAAAGAAACUGUCACACCUACAGCCAACAAUGGGAUCAAACUAGAGACGUUCAUUUUCGAUGUGUUCCCGCUUUCAAAAAGGAUGGCUAUUUGGGAUGUGUCUCGGGCGGAGGAGUUUGCUCCAGUCAAAAAUGCGCCUGGGUCUCCAUCCGACAGUCCCGACACAGCCCGUGCGGCCAUUUCCAAUCUGGCCAAGGCAUGGGUGGAGGUUGCAGGUGGUAAAGUCACUGGUAACAGCGAUCAAAAUGAAAUCUCACCUCUGACUUCGUUUGCGGGAGAGGGCCUGGAGGAGCUGGUCAAGGACAAGGAAUUCUCAGCUCCCUUCUCGCUUUAACAGCAAAUCUAUCUACUAGCUAGAGUUGCAGUAAUCUGGCUACGGUACUGUUAGUUCGAUAAACAUCGCAAUUCGAUGGGUCUGAUUUCAUGUUCGUCCAGAACCCUUUUCAACCGUCCCACCGAGAUCCUCAUUAUGGGAAGUCUGAGCACGUUCAAAUACUAUUAACAACCUUCGUUAGCUACGGUAGGACAAACAGUAUGGCUACAACUUUGCAUCUUGGCGAUUCAAUCAAUGAUUCUUAGCU